CAGCUCGCGGCUCCUGGGCUCUGCGCUCCUCCCGCCUGCAGCCUCUGCUCCGCGGGUCGGCCGCCAGGGUCCCGCGCUGCUCCGGAGCGGCGGGCGCCGUGCACGCUCUGCCGCCGACGGAACCCGACAGGAGCCGCGAUGCCGGGCACCUCGAGGCAGUCGGGUCGCGAUGCGGGCUCAGCCCUGCUCUCGCUGCAUCAGGAAGACCAAGAGAAUGUCAACCCCGAAAAACUGGCGCCAGCCCAGCAGCCGCGGGCACAGGCGGUGCUGAAGGCCGGGAACGUGCGUGGACCCGCGCCGCAGCAGAAGCUCAAGACUCGACGGGUUGCUCCUCUUAAGGACCUUCCUAUAAACGAUGAGCAUGUCACUGCUGGUCCUUCAUGGAAAGCAGUCAGUAAACAGCCUGCUUUCACCAUUCAUGUGGAUGAAGCAGAAGAGACUCAGAAGAGGCCAGCUGAGCUUAAAGAAACAGAGUGUGAAGAUGCCCUGGCUUUUAAUGCAGCUGUCUCUUUACCCGGAGCAAGAAAACCACUGACACCUCUUGACUAUCCAAUGGAUGGCAGUUUUGAAUCACCACAUGCUAUGGAUAUGUCUAUUGUCUUAGAAGAAAAGCCAGUGAACGUUAAUGAAGUACCUGACUAUCAAGAAGACAUUCACACGUACCUUAGGGAAAUGGAGGUUAAAUGUAAACCUAAAGUGGGUUACAUGAAGAGGCAGCCAGACAUCACUAACAGCAUGCGGGCCAUUCUCGUGGACUGGCUGGUUGAGGUGGGAGAAGAAUAUAAACUACAGAAUGAGACCCUGCAUUUGGCUGUGAACUACAUUGAUAGAUUCCUCUCCUCCAUGUCUGUGUUAAGAGGGAAGCUUCAGCUUGUGGGCACAGCUGCUAUGCUGCUAGCUUCGAAGUUUGAAGAAAUAUACCCCCCAGAAGUAGCAGAGUUUGUGUAUAUUACAGACGAUACCUAUUCCAAGAAGCAGGUUCUGAGAAUGGAGCACCUAGUAUUGAAAGUCCUUGCUUUUGACUUGGCUGCACCAACAGUAAAUCAGUUCCUUACCCAGUACUUCCUACACCUGCAGCCUGCAAACUGUAAGGUUGAAAGCUUAGCAAUGUUUUUGGGAGAACUGAGUUUGAUAGAUGCUGACCCGUACCUUAAGUAUUUGCCUUCACUUAUUGCUGGAGCUGCCUUUCACUUAGCUCUCUACACAGUCACAGGACAGAGUUGGCCUGAGUCAUUGGCACAACAGACUGGAUAUACCCUGGAAAGUCUUAAGCCUUGUCUUGUGGACCUUCACCAGACCUACCUCAAAGCCCCACAACAUGCCCAACAGUCGAUACGGGAAAAGUACAAGCAUUCAAAAUAUCACAGUGUUUCUCUUCUCAACCCACCAGAGACACUAAGUGUGUGAAUGAAAGACUGCCGGCUUUGUUUGAAACAGGGGUCGCUCGGAGUCCAUGCUGUACAGUUUUUAUGUCGGGUUUUAGUUUCACAAUCACUUCUGAAUGUAGAUGGUAUAGCCACAGACAAAUUAUGGUAUCCAUUGCUUUUAAAAUGGUUUUAAUUUGUAUAUCUUUUGUACAUGUGUCUAUUUGGAUAAUUUUAAUUGGUUUGUUAACAUUGGUGCUGCCAACUGUCACGAUAUUGAGAAUAAACUGAUUUGGAAAUCUU